UCUCCUUGCACAAAAGCCCCGGCAAAGAAAACUCUUGGAAAGCUCGGAGCAGGAGGAGCCGGGAGCCGGACGGCCACCGAUCUCGCUGUCCUGGCGCUGCAGUUGUGUGCCCCCUCGAACUGGAUACGUUGUUGCAACUGUGAAGGAACUAAAUCCGAUUUUGUAGGAGCCUUGUUUUUUUUUUUUUUUGUUCGUUUGUUGGUAGAGGGUCUCGUUUUCCUCCAACACCCCCUUCGCUCUCCCGAGCUGUGUUUUUUUUCCUUGGGGGUAGAGGGAGAUACACAAGGGGGAAAAAAAGUAAAGGAAUAUGAUUGCUUCGUGGUUGACUUUCGCCUUUCUUUGUGGAACUUUCUGUGCAGGGCCAGGUCAUGGGGAGGCAGAGACAAGGGAAUGCAUCUACUACAAUGCCAACUGGGAGCUGGAGAAGACCAAUCAGAGUGGUGUGGAACGCUGUGAAGGAGAGAAGGACAAACGGCUCCAUUGCUAUGCUUCUUGGAGAAACAACUCUGGCUCCAUUGAGUUGGUGAAGAAAGGCUGCUGGUUAGAUGACUUCAACUGCUAUGACAGGCAAGAAUGUGUAGCCACAGAAGAGAACCCUCAAGUGUUUUUCUGCUGCUGUGAGGGGAACUAUUGCAAUGAGAAAUUUACGCACUUACCUGAAGUAACUGGUCCAGAAGUAAUAUAUGAGCCACCACCACCAACACCCUCACUACUCAACAUUCUGGUUUACUCUCUGCUUCCAAUUGCUGUUCUGUCUAUGGCCAUUCUCUUGGCCUUCUGGAUGUACCGUCACCGAAAGCCCCCCUAUGGGCACGUUGACAUUAAUGAGGAUCCUGGUCCACCACCCCCUUCUCCAUUGGUUGGCCUUAAGCCGUUGCAAUUAUUGGAGAUCAAAGCUAGGGGGCGCUUUGGCUGUGUCUGGAAGGCUCAGCUGAUGAAUGACUAUGUAGCAGUGAAAAUCUUCCCCAUACAGGAUAAACAAUCCUGGCAGAGUGAGAGAGAAAUCUUCAACACGCCUGGCAUGAAGCACGAAAACCUUUUGCAGUUUAUUGCAGCAGAGAAGCGAGGAACAAACCUGGAGAUGGAGCUAUGGCUGAUCACAGCUUUCCAUGACAAGGGCUCUCUGACAGAUUACCUGAAGGGGAAUAUUAUCAGCUGGAAUGAACUCUGCCAUGUUGCAGAAACGAUGGCCCAUGGAUUGUCCUACCUACAUGAAGAUGUCCCCUGGUGCAAAGGGGAAGGACACAAACCUGCCAUAGCACACAGGGACUUCAAGAGUAAAAAUGUGUUGUUGAAGAAUGACUUGACAGCAGUUCUAGCUGACUUUGGACUGGCUGUACGGUUUGAGCCUGGAAAGCCUCCAGGGGACACCCAUGGACAGGUGGGAACAAGGAGGUACAUGGCUCCUGAGGUGUUAGAGGGGGCAAUCAACUUCCAGCGAGAUGCCUUCCUGAGAAUAGACAUGUAUGCAAUGGGACUAGUAUUGUGGGAGUUAAUCUCCAGGUGCACAGCAGCUGAUGGUCCAGUGGAUGAGUAUAUGCUGCCUUUUGAAGAGGAGAUAGGUCAGCAUCCAUCCCUUGAGGACCUGCAGGAAGUGGUGGUUCACAAAAAGAUGCGGCCUGCUUUCAAGGAUCACUGGCUGAAACACCCUGGUUUGGCACAGCUCUGUGUUACGAUUGAAGAAUGCUGGGACCACGAUGCAGAGGCUCGGCUUUCGGCAGGCUGUGUCGAGGAGCGCAUUUCUCAGAUCCGAAAAUCAGUAAACGGCACUACCUCGGACUGCCUCGUUUCCAUCGUGACAUCUGUCACCAACGUGGACUUGCCACCCAAAGAGUCUAGUAUCUAAGUCCUGGUUCACUUUUGUCUUUCCAGACUCAGUGGAUUUAAAAAAAGUUUAAAAACCCAACAAACACAUGAAUGCAGCUGCUAUUUUAUCUUGACUUUUUAUUAUUAUUGUUGUUGUUGUUGUUAUUUUUUUUGGAUUGGAUCAAUUUUACCAGCACAUUGCUCUACUGUAUUAAAAAAACAAAAAACAAACAAAAAAGACAUCUCAGCAAGCAUUCAGGUGCCGACUAAUGAAUGCAGAAAAGGUGCAGGUACCUCAGAACCUCAACAAACUCACUUCAGUUGUGUUUUUUUUUUUAAUUCAGUUUUCUGGGUUUCUCUUCAUCGGUCUGUCUUCAACACAGAGCAUCUCUGACAUAAAGGAAAACCACGUACCAUCUUAGAAAACGCAAUGCUGCAAACUUUGGAGGAAACUUAAGACUGUUACAUAAGAUUACACCUUCCUCAAAAGGAUUAUUUUCCCCUAUUUUCUUUUUUUAGACAGUGAGCUUCAAAAAGAAACAAACAGCAGAUGUGUCUUUUACGGAUUUAACGGGUGUCAUUGUAACGGGAAAAAACACAAGAAGCUGGGAAGAGAAUGUUAACUCUUUGAUGGUAAAAUUAAAGGGGGGGUGUUUAGUAUAGGAGAAGGGGAGAGUGAUGUUGGACUUUGCAGUAUUUGGAGAAACAUCAUUUGCUAUGGAGCUACUUCUCAGGUAACCAGUUAAUGAGGGGAAGAACUUUUUUGAGGCAGAGUAUUUAUCAUCGCAGCAUAUUGAGAAAGUUGGGUCAAUGAGCCAAUGGGAUAAGCAAGGUACUAGUUCUUACUUCCCCCAGUAUCUCAGGCUUGGGUGUUAAAAGAACAAAACCAAACCAUAGGUAUAUAUAUAUAUUUUUUUAAAACUCCAGGUAAAAAUUGGAAAAAGUUGCUUUUAAGCAGUGUAAUUGAGAGAGAUAACAGCGUAUUCUCAGAAGCUCUCUGUAAAGUACUGGGAGAUUUGAAAGCAUUUAUAUCUUGCUUUAAAUACAGUAGCAGUUCAGGGAAUAAGGCCUCAGGGCUGGAUAACUGCUUAGCCCAAGCUACCAGUGCAGAUGAUUAAAAAGAAGAAAAGUAUGAUUUCUGGCUGUGUAGACAGGCCUUUUUUUAACUGGAGGGGAAAAAAUUACCUGGGCCAGUGGCAGGCAGACGCACUCAAGAAGCAUUUGAAUUGUACAAUUGCAGAAUAUAGGGAGGUAACAGCGCAGCAUUAGCAUUAACCAUAGAAUCUGUUAAACCAAUUUCUUUGACUCAGCUUUCUCUUUAUCUGUGACUAAACUCUUUUGUCUUAAAGUGGUGCAUAUUCUAAAAUACCGUUACUCUAGUAUGCCAUAAAACUUGCUCUAGUCAGUGAAUGUUCCUAAUGCUGCUGAUUCAACAUUUAAAUAUUUUUUUAAUUUGCAAAACAUGCAAUGUUUAAAAAACAAA